AUGUUAGAAGACGACUGCCGGUAUCUGAUGGUGAACUUGGUUCGUUUAAUUCUUAGGGAGAAGAAGGAUCCACUGGGAAUGAAUGGGAAGACUGGAGUAGUAUCUUUAUUAGCCGGAAGGAAGGAGUCUUUGUGCGAGCCGUAUGCGGUGAGAGUCGCACGUACGGUAACGAGGGGGGUUCGCGUCUAUACGUGUAGUGUGGUGGUUGGGCCUACCCACCCUAUUUGUUCCAUGAUCUAUGGGUCUACUGGAGCUACCCACUUCGAUCAAUUAGCCAAGAUUUUGACCGGAUACGAAAUCACUGGUGCUCGAUCUAGUGGUAUUUUUAUGGGGAUUCUAUUUAUCGCUGUAGGAUCCCUAUUCAAGAUCACUGCAGUUCCUUUUCAUAUGUGGGCACCUGAUAUCUAUGAGGGUUCGCCCACCCCGGUUACAGCAUUCCUUUCUAUUGCGCCUAAAAUCUCUAUUUCUGCUAAUAUUUCACGUGUUUCUAUUUAUGGUUCCUAUGGAGCUACAUUGCAACAAAUCUUCUUUUUCUGCAGCAUUGCUUCUAUGAUCUUAGGAGCACUGGCCGCCAUGGCCCAAACGAAAGUAAAAAGACCUCUAGCUCAUAGUUCAAUUGGACAUGUAGGUUAUAUUCGUACUGGUUUCUCAUGUGGAACCAUAGAAGGAAUUCAAUCACUACUAAUUGGUAUCUUUAUUUAUGCAUUAAUGACGAUAGAUGCAUUCGCUAUAGUUUUAGCAUUACGGCAAACCCGUGUCAAAUAUAUAGCGGAUUUGGGCGCUCUAGCCAAAACGAAUCCUAUUUCGGCUAUUACCUUCUCCAUUACGAUCUCUAACGCGCUAUGCUGCGACUGUAGCUAAAGCGAGUGCUAUGGGCGUCGGUGGGAGUAAUCCCACAGGCUGGAGGCCUGGUAACCUCCUGGGCUGAUCGCUCAGUGGUAAAACACUGGUCUGUCACCCGCCACGUGGCGCAUGCGGAGGUUGGGUUUGAUAGACCUAAUAGGUUUCCCGAUAUGGGGUACGUUACCACACGUACUGGUGUUCUGAGUGAUUCUCAGAUCUCGGUACGACUUGGUACCAAACCAAGCGCCUUCCAUCGGGAGGAUUUCGUAUCCUCGCGACUAGGUGAGUUUGAUGCUUACGGUUGACCAUAAUGUCUGGUUCAAGUACUGGGGUGUGCCCAAGAGUAUAGUUAGUGACCGGGAUAGCCGCUUUGUGGGAAGCUUUAAGGAGUUGUAAACCCUCAAGAUCCCAAUUUCACAAUCACCGUAUAGUGAUCACAGAAAGUUCGAGAGCCUCUGCAACUCCUGUAGCCGGUCGAUCAUCUUGCUUUCCCUCUCCCGCUCUGAAAGCCUAAAAUAGCUCUCGGAACUAAGCACCUUUCCAAUGCCUAAUGCCGCUCCAGCUGAUGCGAUAGUUGCAGCUCCAGUCCCCAUUUGAUUUUGCACCUCCUUAAUGCACUACCCUGACUUGACACUUGACUUAACCUGCCUUCGAGACAGAGUGAUGGUGCCUCCCCCUCAUGAACAGCCAGCCCGCCCCUAU